CGGGCCACACUCGCGAAUCUGACAAUCGUAGAAGUUCACGUAUUCGCGCAUAUAUAUUUUGGUUCACCAAAACAGUGAUAUAAAGAUGUGGUUAACAAUUUUAGUCGUCAUCGCUAUCAUUGUUCUAAUCCUCUACUUAGACACUGUCAAACCACCCAAGUUUCCGCCUGGUCCAAGAUGGCUACCAAUACUUGGCUGUGCACAUGAAAUACAAAGGAUCAGAGAUAAAUGUGGUUAUCUUUAUAAAUGUAUACAAGAAGUAACGGAUAAGUACUCAGAUGAUGGUUCCGUUGUAGGAAUCAAAAUUGGUAAGGACCGAAUCGUGUUGGUAAACAGUCUGGAGGCAAAUAAAGAAAUGCUUUACAACGAAGACAUCGAUGGACGCCCAAAAGGAAUAUUUUAUCAAACACGAACAUGGGGUGAAAGAAAAGGUGUUAUGUUAACUGAUGGUGAUCUAUGGAAAGAACAGAGGCGCUUCCUUAUUAAACAUUUGAAAGAAUUCGGUUUCGGUCGAAAGGGUAUGUCUGAAAUAUCAUUUUCUGAAGCCAGACAUCUAGUUAAGGAUCUGUCAAAAGCAAUAGGAGACAAAACCUCCGCAGAGCUUUACAUGCACAACUUUUUCAACACGUACAUUUUAAACACCCUAUGGACAAUGAUGGCUGGCCUUCGUUAUGAACCAGACGAUCCGCGGAUGGUGAAGCUUCAGGACCUCUUAUUUGAAUUGUUCGCUGCUAUUGAUAUGGUUGGUUGUGCAUUCAGUCAUUUUCCUAUACUGAGUGUGAUUGCCCCGAAGGCAUCUGGGUAUAAAGACUUCGUAGCAAUACACGAGCGUCUGUGGGCAUUUUUGAGAGAUGAAAUAGCAACCCACAAAGAACGAUUCCAUCCAAGUAACGAGGAUAAAGACUUCAUGGACGUCUACAUAAGAGUGUUGAACCAACCUGGCGAUAAGCCAACCUACUCAGAGGGGCAGUUGGUUGCAAUGUGCAUGGAUAUGUUUAUGGCUGGUACUGAAACGACAGCAAAAAGUAUGAGCUUUUGCUUUAGCUACUUGGUUAGAAAUCAAGAGGUGCAAAGAAAAGCUCAGGAAGAAAUUGAUCAAGUUGUUGGUAGGGAUCGACGUCCCACCUUAGAGGAUAAGCUGAACAUGCCAUACAACGAAGCUAUCGUCCACGAGAGCGUUCGUCAUUUCAUGGGACGAACAUUUGGUGUUCCUCAUCGUGCUAUGCAGGACACCACCUUAGCUGGUUACCGAAUUCCAAAGGACACAAUGGUCGUUUCAAACUACACAAAUAUUUUGAUGGACGAAAAGCUGUACCCCGAUCCGUAUUCCUUUAAACCGGAAAGAUUUAUCAGAGAUGGCAAAGUCUGUCUACCUGAUCACUACUUCCCCUUUGGACUGGCGAAACACCGAUGCCUCGGCGACGCUCUGGCCAAAUGCAACAUCUUCAUGUUUACAACUGCUGUCCUGCAGAAAUUUUCUCUUUUACCGGGACCAGAAGGACCUCCAUCAUUGAAUCAUGUUGAUGGCGCAACGCCAUCUGCUGCUCCUUUUAGGGCAACGAUUGUCAAUAGGUACUAAGGUUUAUAGGGGAUAUAAACGUAAUUUUUAAAAGUAGAGAGUGUAAAACCAAACAAUGGCAUGCUGCGAUGUUUUUGACCAUUCAAAUACGUAAUAUAACAUAAAUAAAUAUAUUUUUUAUUAACAGCAAAUAUAACUCGGAAUGCAUUCAUUAAAAUUUGAUUAAUUUAACUUUACAUGUUACUGUAUAAGUCUUUGUUAGCUUGACUGAAGUCUCAAUUAGACCACUCACAAUCAAUGUGUUGACAUCAUUUGAUAUUCCAUAUUGCCGCGGACACAACUCAGUUAUCUGUAAGGUACAAAUAUCUGUAUUAAGGUACAAAUAGCUCUGGAUGUCAUAAAUAAUUCGCAGCCAUCGAAUCUGAUUGAAAUCUACUGGGAUUAUCCCAAUCCACGCCAAUCGACAACUCCGUCACUAUAUCGGCUACAUCAUUUACAUCCUAUAAAUAGAACAACAACAUAUUGAUUGAUUUUUCACUGACAGUACAAUAGAACCUUUACUAAUAAUAUUCGCAGAUUUUUUUUGGCCAUUUUUCGUUUUCAAAUACAUAUUGUGGAAGGAUUGGCAGAAAAUCAGCGCAAGCCAUGGUUUGUUUGGAACAUGAUGACGCAGUUGCCUUUUGUCUCACAGAAUAUACAUAUCCUCAGCCGUUUAAUGUGUUAAAAUUCGUUUGUUACUACACUUACUAUUUUGGCUUCUGACGAAAGUUAGUUAACUAGUUACGAGUAAAAAAAGUGUUGGUAUCUGUUACAAAUAAAUAAACUUUGACUCACUUAAACUUACCGUUUAUACCACAAAAAGAGAGAUGUCAAGAAGUACUUGGAGAAGCGGGAAGACUCCGAUUUUUUUAAGUAGUAGUUAUU